GAGAAGGACACAUUCGCUCGAAAGAUGAAGGCUCUGGUGAUUCUGGUCGCUGCAUCCUGUUGCUCAGCACAGCUGGUGCUGCCGUACACGGCGCCCUGGGUGCUGCCUCAAGCGAAGCUGAUCACUACCCCUCAUGUCAAGACCGACAUCAAGACCAUUCCUUUGGUCUCCCCUUACGCCCACCCCUUCGGACAUCCCUUCGUCGCUUCCCCCUACGCCUUCCACCACGCUGCCUAUCCCUACAUCCUCAACGCCGACGCUACUCUCAAGGCCACCGAGUUCCCCUACAUCUUCCACAAGGCUGAACAGGAGCCAGCUGUAGAAGAGGCACGUCGUCGUCGCCGCGACGUGGAGAUCCCCCUCCCGUACCUGCACGCCGUGCCCACCGUCACCAAGCAAACUGUGGAGACCAAGCAGUUCGAGCCGGUCGACGCCAACACCCCCGCCGACACCACCAAGAUCGAGCUCACCACCAAGGAGCACGAGAUCUCCGUGCCCGCCGUCAAGUACGUGCAGCCCGUGGUCAACGUCAAGCCCGUCACCUACACUGCUCUCUCCCACGCCGUCCUCCCUACGCCCACGGCCUUCCCUACGCCUUCCCUACGCCCACGCCCUACGGCCUUCCCUACGCCCACGGUCUUCCCUAUGCCUAUGGCCUUCCAUACGCCCACUACCCUAACCUCGUCGGCGCCCCCGUCAUCAAGAUCGACGAAGAAGAGUAACUCCAACUUUCCUGUUGCCCAGAACCUCAAAGAAUUACAGCACAGUGUAAACGGUCAUGUUGAUUCCUUUAAUGAAACACAUACUUCUGGGAAUACUCAAUAAACGUCAGAAAAAUAUUAAGUGAAAGUCAAUGAAUCAUUACAACCAACGGAAAGAAAUGGAUUCUCCCAAGGUGAGGAAAUAAUUCCUUAACACCAUGAUGUAUCUUAUAUUUCUUUGGGAUCAACAAAUGAAGUCUGA